GCCCACUCGCGACCGGGAGGGGUUCUCACGCCCCCUGCUCCGGGGUGACUGCACCCGAGCUCAGAAGGAAGCGUGGGGGGGGUAUGAAAGGAUGAAUCAUCCCACCCCACUUCUCCUUCUCGGCUUGCACCAGCCCCCUCCUAAAAUGCCGCGGCAGCCAGCAGGCGAAGCCGCCGCUCCAGCUCCGACUCACUGAGCCCUCUGCGACCUGCAGAAGAGAGGAGACGGACAGGACCGGAGACCAAUGAGAAAGCAGCUCUCACGACCACCGUCCGAUGAGCCUCUGCUCCCUGGCGAGGCGGGGCUAGCAGUGGGAAGUGGGCGGGCCCGGGCUGGCGCGCAGCGCGGAGGCUCGGCGGCUCACAGAGAGAGCGCGUCCUGGGGAGUCGGCGCCUAGGCGACCCGGGAAGGCGCCACCACCGCCGCCGCUGGCCAAGGUGCUGGACACCACAGGCCCAUCGGCUGCUUCGCCAGGUCAGGCCCCCUCCGCCGCAGCCGCUGCUGCCUCGCUUCCAGCCAGGUCCCCAUGGAAGAGAUGGAAGAAGAGUUAAAAUGCCCUGUGUGUGGCUCCUUCUAUCGGGAGCCCAUCAUCUUGCCCUGCUCUCACAAUUUAUGUCAGGCGUGCGCCCGCAACAUCCUGGUGCAGACCCCGGAGUCCGAGUCCCCCCAGAGCCGCCGGGCCUCGGGCUCUGGGGUCUCCGACUAUGAUUAUCUGGACCUGGACAAGAUGAGCCUGUACAGCGAAGCGGACAGCGGCUAUGGCUCCUACGGAGGUUUCGCCAGCGCCCCCACUACCCCGUGCCAGAAGUCGCCCAACGGCGUCCGCGUUUUCCCCCCUGCUAUGCCGCCACCGCCCACCCACCUGUCACCGGCUUUGGCCCCUGUGCCCCGCAACUCCUGCAUCACCUGCCCCCAGUGCCACCGCAGCCUCAUUCUGGAUGACCGGGGGCUCCGCGGUUUCCCCAAGAACCGCGUCCUGGAAGGGGUCAUCGACCGCUACCAACAGAGCAAAGCCGCGGCCCUCAAGUGCCAGCUCUGCGAGAAGGCGCCCAAAGAAGCCACGGUCAUGUGUGAACAGUGCGACGUAUUCUACUGCGACCCUUGCCGUCUGCGCUGUCACCCGCCCCGGGGUCCCCUAGCCAAACACCGUCUGGUGCCCCCGGCCCAGGGCCGCGUCAGCCGGCGGCUGAGCCCGCGCAAGGUCUCCACCUGCACAGACCACGAGCUGGAGAACCACAGCAUGUACUGCGUGCAAUGCAAGAUGCCGGUGUGCUACCAGUGCCUGGAGGAGGGCAAACACUCCAGCCACGAAGUCAAGGCUUUGGGGGCUAUGUGGAAAUUGCACAAGAGCCAGCUGUCCCAGGCGCUGAAUGGAUUGUCCGACAGAGCCAAGGAAGCCAAGGAGUUCCUGGUGCAGCUCCGCACCAUGGUACAGCAAAUCCAGGAAAACAGUGUGGAGUUUGAGGCCUGCCUGGUUGCCCAGUGCGAUGCGCUCAUUGAUGCCCUAAACCGUAGGAAGGCUCAGCUGCUGGCCCGGGUCAACAAGGAGCAUGAGCACAAGCUGAAGGUGGUUCGGGACCAGAUCUCUCACUGCACAGUGAAGCUGCGCCAGACCACGGGCCUCAUGGAAUACUGCUUAGAAGUGAUUAAGGAGAACGACCCCAGUGGCUUUCUGCAGAUUUCAGAUGCUCUCAUAAGGCGAGUUCACUUAACUGAGGACCAGUGGGGGAAGGGCACCCUCACUCCCAGGAUGACCACGGACUUUGAUCUGAGCCUGGACAACAGCCCUCUGCUGCAGUCUAUUCACCAACUGGACUUCGUGCAAGUGAAAGCCUCCUCUCCAGUCCCAGCAACCCCCAUCCUACAGCUGGAGGAGUGUUGCACCCACAACAACAGUGCUACGCUGUCCUGGAAACAGCCCCCUCUAUCCACUGUGGCCGCCGAUGGAUACAUUCUGGAGCUGGAUGACGGCAGUGGUGGUCAGUUCCGGGAAGUGUAUGUCGGGAAAGAAACAAUGUGCACAGUGGACGGCCUUCACUUCAACAGCACAUACAACGCUCGGGUUAAGGCCUUCAACAAAACAGGAGUCAGUCCCUACAGCAAGACACUGGUCCUCGAGACGUCUGAGGCAGCGGGAGCCCAUGAGACAAAACCUAUGAAGGACACAGACUCAGAAGAACAGACCCUCCCCUUUCCAGUGCCUUCGGAAAGAUUGCCGCUCCGUAGGAUGAGUCCUUUCUCCUCCACCCUUAAUCUACAACCCAGCUUCCCUGGGAGAUCCUACUUUGAUUUCCGGUCCUCACCCCACCAGCUGAGUUUGCAUUCUUCUUUACAGUCUCUCAAUGCACCGGGCUGCAAUUUUGAGACACAAUCUGCAUCGUACUCUCAAUUAGUUGACAUUAAAAAGCUGUUGGCAGUGGCUUGGUUUGCUUUUGACCCUGGCUCGGCUCACUCCGACAUCAUCUUCUCCAAUGACAACCUGACAGUGACGUGCAGUAGCUACGAUGACCGGGUGGUGCUGGGGAAAACCGGCUUCUCCAAGGGCGUCCACUACUGGGAGCUGACCAUAGAUCGCUAUGACAACCACCCUGAUCCAGCAUUUGGCGUGGCUCGCAUCGAUGUGAUGAAGGAUAUGAUGUUAGGGAAGGACGACAAAGCUUGGGCAAUGUAUGUGGACAAUAACCGGAGCUGGUUCAUGCACAACAACUCGCACACCAACAGAACUGAAGGAGGGAUAUCAAAAGGGGCCACCAUCGGGGUCCUCCUCGACUUAAACAGAAAGACAUUAACGUUUUUCGUCAACAAUGAACAACAAGGCCCCAUAGCGUUUGAGAACGUGGAGGGCCUGUUCUUCCCUGCUGUCAGCCUGAACAGGAAUGUGCAGGUCACGCUCCACACCGGGCUUCCGGUCCCCGACUUCUACUCCAGCCGAGCUUCCAUAGCCUAAGGAUGUGCUGUGGAGGCACUGGCUGUCCCUGAGACGACAGCCUGAAGCCAGCAGCCUCAGCGGACAGAGUCAUACAAGGAUGAGUACAGCUGGUCCUCAGCCGCCAUCUUCAUCCUUAAAAGCUCCGCCCUUUCCCAUUGUCCUCUCCGCAUCACUGAACCCAGGCUCCCUUCCUCACCCAGAAACUCGACCGCACAGAGGAGCUCCGGCAGCCCACCGCUCCCCUUUGUUCCCACUUCCACGUGUUGUUUUUAAUUUAGUGGUGUUUUUUGUUGUUGUCGUCGUUUGCUUUUGUUUUUUGUGCUAAUGUAGGUUGAAUCAAUUUUGAUGCUUUUCUGAUUAUGUUUUGAUGACUUACCUACCUACCUACCUGGCACUUCCAAAAGAAAUUCUCCUGGAAACUUUUUUUCUUGAGAUUUUGGACAAAGAUGUUCUAGGAGAGCAGGUGGGGAACAAGCCAGAUUUAGUUUGCCAUUUGACUCCUAGAAUGUUCUUGCCCUGAUUCUUGUCAAGCGAUGUUAGCUCUUCGUGGCUACUUCUUGGGAGGUGGGCUGAGUGCACUUGGUGUCCAGAAGUCUUCCUAUACCCAGAAGCACAAAUACAUCAGCUACACUGGCUCGCGGCAGGGUAAGGACCUUUCAGAUAGGCUCCAGGCACUGGGAAGACUCAAUGAUUUGAUUCCUAUGACUAAUACAAGUUUUUAAUUAAGAGCUACUAUGGUCCAGGCAUUGUUCAGGACACUAGAAUGCUAUGUUCGUGAACAGCCUGUCUCCCAGGAACCUAUAUUCUUAUGUAAUAAGGCAACCAAUAACUUCAAGUUGUUCUAAGUAAGGAAAGGCGUCAAAGAAGGUGUCACUGAAAAACCCUGAGAUUGAUGCUGAACCCACACACUCUGGCCAUCACACCAGACAAGUACCUCCCCAAUGCUUUUUCCACCGCACUAUCUUAACCACAGCCUCUGCGGUCGCUUCCCACAGAGCCCUUGGCAGAAAUGAUGGCAGCAUUGUUACUCAUUAGUGCUGUGGUCAUAACAAGCCUUAAGAGUUGAAUGUUAAAAAAAACAAAAAACAAAAAACAAAAACAAAAUGACCAGAAGGCACAGGGCACAGUCACAACCCCGGGCCUCUGACGUUGCAAACCACACCAUUUACAUCCUCAGCACAAACAUGCCAUCUCUGUGUCUACUCUCUGUGCCUGUUACACGUGAGACUCCAUCACUCACUGCUGUCACAGCCUGACUUUCUAAAGAAGCUCAAAUCGGGUUUGGAAACAUGUAAGCGUGGAUGUCAUUCCUGGCACCACCGCGCUUACGACUCCUAACACAGUAGACACCCUUCAGAUGUUUCCGUUUGACAUGAAGUUUUAGAGAACGUAGGACCCUUGUGGGGGUGACUUCUGAUUAGUUGUGUAAAUACUUUCCACUGAGCCAGGAACCCACUAGAAUAAUAGCAAAUGACAGAGGUGGGAUGGGAAAGCGGACAGCGCUUUGGCGAAAAGGAAUCUCUGUAAAUAGCUCACUCGUUCAUGUGCUUCUCCUGGGUCAUCUCUGUCUUCGUGUUUUUCUAGUUAGAACCUAAUUUAUUGAAUGGGUGCUAUUCUGUCUCUGUCGGUCUCGGGUUCCUGUGACUACAGAACACUGUUGUGGGACUAUCCUUGUUUGGUCUUUGAUUGUUCCAAUGAGAAUCCAUGGCUGGGCCGCUAGUUACUCUCUUUAUUAAAUCCAUCCCCCAGGUUAGAGUUCUAGUGACUUGUAACAAAUAGUUUACAACUGAACUACAACUAUAGAUGCAUACAACUACUGUACUAGAAUAAAAAGGUCGUUCCUGGUAUGCCAAUAAAGCGUUUUUAUGAGAGGAAAAAA